UAUUCAAUGGUCGCACAUGUCGGUUGAAACUGCCCGGUGCCAAGAAGAGGCACAUGUAUUUAACCUAAAGCUACGUAGAAAUAUAUUACGUGUUAAUUUUUAAAUUGAAAACAACGUCUUGCAAAGAAGAGAGAAAACAAUGGAUGAGGAUACGGUAAAACAUAAGAGUCACAGAGAUCGCAACGCAGGCCGCAAGGCAGAAAAGAAAAAGGCCAAGAAGCAACAGGACUCGACAUCGGGUAAACCGAGAAAUUCGAAAGCAUUUACAUUCAACUCCGCGAUUAAAGCGGAGAGAAAAUUUAGGCGCAAGCAAGAUCUCGAGACAAAGAAGCAGCAUAUACCUUUAGUUGAUAGGACCCCCCUAGAACCGCCACCAAUCUUGGUGGCCGUGGUAGGUCCACCGAAAGUAGGAAAAUCAUUAGUUAUUCAAUGCUUGAUCAAGAGUUUCGUCAAACAACCUUUGACCAACAUACUUGGUCCGGUCACUGUUGUUGCUGGCAAGAAGCGAAGAAUCACAUUCAUGGAAUGCAACAAUGACGUAAACUGCAUGAUUGACAUCGCCAAGGUGGCAGACUUGGUGCUACUGCUGGUGGAUGCUUCGUUUGGAUUUGAAAUGGAAAUAUUUGAAUUUUUAAAUAUAUGCCAGGUGCAUGGUAUGCCCAGAAUAAUGGGUGUCCUCACUCAUUUGGAUUUGAUAAAGAACGCCAAACAAAUGAGGAAAACCAAGAAGACACUGAAGCAUCGCUUCUGGACAGAAGUAUACGCUGGUGCAAAAUUAUUCUACCUCUCUGGAUUGUUGCACGAUGAGUAUCUUCGUAUAGAGAUAAAGAAUUUGGCUCGUUUUAUAUCGGUUAUGAAAUUUAGGCCGUUGACUUGGCGCACCACUCAUCCUUAUAUGCUUGCUGACAGAAUAGAGGAUCUGACACCACCGGAAUUAAUUAGGAAGAAUCAAAAAGUUGAUAGAACUAUUAGUUUGUAUGGGUACAUCAGAGGAAUUCCUUUGAACAAAGAGACAUCCAUUCAUAUUCCGGGCUGCGGAGAUAUGAAAAUUAAAGAUGUAAAUUUUCUACCAGAUCCCUGUCCACUUCCAGAGCAGAUAAAGAAGCGGGCUUUAGUAGAAAAAGAACGAUUGAUUUAUGCGCCGUUUUCCGGUGUCGGCGGUAUAGUUUAUGACAAAGACGCAGUAUAUGUGGAAUUGGGUGGAAGUCAUUCAUACAAAGAGGAGGAUGCAGGACUAGCGGGCGCUCUGAUAGAUACACAAGAGACACUUGAUCAGAAAUUACAACAUAGCGAACUGCAAUUAUUUAGUGACGCCGCGCCGAUAAAAUCAGAGGAUGUGAAUGAAAGCAUGGCUCCCUACUCUGGCGAAUUAGUGAUGGAUAAUGGAAGAAUUCGACGGAAAGUAAUAUUUAACAAUGAAACAGGCACGGAAUCUAAAAAUGUUCUAGACGAAGAUGACGAUGAUGAAAUGAAUGAAAACGAUAAUGAUGAAACAAAUGAAAGUGAUGAUGAAAUGAAUGAAAAUGAUGACGAAACAAAUGAAAAUGAUGAAGAUGAUGAUGAAAUAAAUGAAAAUGAUGAAGAUGAAUCGAGUGAUGAGGAAGUUUCGGAAAAACCAUAUGGAAAAGCCGUCAAGAGGAAAAGUAAUGAAGAAGAUAAUGUAAGAGAAAAGAAAAAGAAAAAAUCUACGAUUAAUGCAACUAUUGAGAAUGAUAAUCUCGAUGAAUCUGAAUUAAAGAGCGACAAGAAUAAUGUUUCUCAUAAAAAUACAGAGGUAUAUCAUUCUCUCAGCAAGGAAUCAGAUAAAUUGAUAAAAAAUAAAAUUUCAGAAGCAUUGAAUUUUCUAGAAUUAAUUAAGGAAGAUUCGAAACAAAACAACGAUGAUGAAAGUUUUGACGAGCUCAGCGACGAAGACUCACGCGCGGGAUUAGAAAUGAAUGAUCGAGCUAGCGAUUUCGAGGAAAAUGCAUCUGAAGAAGAUGAUGAAGAAGGAGAAGAAAAAGAUGACAUCGAAAUGAACGAGAACAAAGAGGAAGUCGCGGACGAGUUAAAAUGGAAGAGAAAUUUAGCUGAGAAAGCGAGAGAAGCGUUCAUCAAUCGUCAACAAAACAACAUAAAUCUGAUGAAAAUGGUUUACGGCGUAUUUGACCAAAGGAGAAAUAUGACGGAAGAGAAGCAAUAUGACGGAAGAGAGGAGGAAGACGAAAAGCCUGAUGAAGAUAUAGGCGGAAUAUUCCGAGUAGUUCAAGAACAGCAGAGACAAAAGAUACAGGAGCGAGAAUUGCAGAAUCAGGAGGAGUCUGUUUUCUAUCCGAUGGAAAUUUUACGCGAUUGGUUGAAAGAAGAAAAUAAGGCGCUAAUAAUCAAUCGCUUUGUGACGGGUAAGUGGAAGGAAUCGGAGGAUGCCGAGGAGCUUUUAAAGCUAGACGACGAAGCUUUGUACGGUGACUUCGAGGAUCUGGAAACCGGAGAAAAGCACAAAGCGGAAGACGCAACUCCUAAGGAGCUUUCGGCGGAAGAGGCGGAAGAGAAGAAGGAGCUUCUGGAGAAGAAGAGAAAGCUGAAGGAGCAGUUUGAUGCGGAAUACGACAAUACGGAGAAGAAAACGUACUACGACGAGCUAAAAGCCGAGGUGGAAAAACAGGCGGGCAUCAACAAAUCCGAGUUCGAAGGACUGGACGACGAUGUCAGAGUUCAGCUGGAAGGCUACCGUCCCGGUAUGUAUAUACGUCUGGAGCUCGAGGCGGUGCCAUACGAGUUGAUCACGCAUCUGGAUCCAACGUACCCGAUUAUCGUCGGCGGCCUGUUGCAUGGCGAGGAAAAUAUCGGUUACGUGCAGGCGCGGAUCAAGAAGCACCGAUGGUACUCGAAGAUCCUGAAGAGCCGCGAUCCGCUCAUAUUCUCCCUAGGCUGGCGUAGAUUCCAAUCGUUGCCAAUCUACACGAAACUGGAGGAUAAUCUUCGCCACCGAAUGCUAAAGUACACGCCGGAGCACGUGGCGUGCAUAAGUCACUUUUGGGGCCCGAUCACUCCGCAGAGUACGGGCAUUUUAGCGGUACAGGACGUCGCGACUAGGCAACCGGGUUUCCGUAUCGCGGCAACCGGUUCGAUCGUGGAGCUGGACAAAAGCACGCACGUGGUGAAGAAACUCAAGCUGACCGGCGUGCCCCUGAAGAUCUACCGCAAGACCGCGUUUAUUAAAGACAUGUUCAACAGCGCGCUCGAGGUCGCUAAAUUCGAGGGUGCUCGGAUCAAGACAGUCUCCGGUAUUCGCGGUCAAAUCAAGAGGGCGGUCGCCAAGCCAGAGGGCUGCUUCCGUGCCACGUUCGAAGACAAGAUCAUGCUGAGCGACAUAGUUUUUUGCAGGACAUGGUAUAAGGUCGACGUGCCGCGCUUCUACAAUCCCGUGACAUCGUUGCUACUGCCAUCCGCGGAGAAGAAUCAGUGGCGGGGAAUGAAGACUACGGGUCAGUUGAAGCGAGAGAGAAACAUCCAUGGCGUGGCCAACACAGAUUCCAUGUACACGCCGAUCGAACGAGACGUCAAGGUGUUUAAACCGCUGUCCAUCCCGCGUAAGUUGCAGAAGGAGCUCCCGUACAGGGACAAACCUAAGCAUCAGUCCGUGCCACACUUGCGCAAGCCCAAGUUUAAGCAGAGCCGAGUCGCUGUGGUACGCGAACCUGAUGAAGAGAACGUCGCGCGUUUGAUGAAGAUGAUCAGGACGACUUACGCGAAGAAGCAGAAGCAGCUGAAGGACACCAUGACGAAGAGGAUAACGGCGUAUCAGGCACGAGUCGCGGAGGAAGAAGCUAAAAAGAUGAAAAAGCAAAAGCUUCUGAAAAAGGAGAUAUUCAGAGAUCUCAGUAAAUUAGAAAAGAAGAAAAACCGAUGAGAUUCUUCUAAGAAAGAUUGUGAAUAGACAGAUAUUUUCAUUGCAGAAUGUCUGGUUUUAGAUUCUACAAUAAAAAUUUCGGCCUAUUCAUAUUUUUAGAAAUCUGAUUGAUUGUCCUUUCGUAAGUUUAAAUUAUAUAAUUAUACGU